UUCAGACUAUUUACUUCCGGAAAUUUGACGACAGAGCAUCGUUUCAUUUCUAGACCUAUAUUUUACUGACUGGACUGUUGUACAAAUACUCAUCAAGAUGGGGAAGGGUUUCAACAAUUAUAUGACGAAGAAGUUCUUCCAUCCAGCUAGCAAGGAUAACAUAAAACGAGUAUGGAUGGCUCAACAAAAGACGACCUAUGAGAAGAAGAAACAAGAAGAUUUAAUGAACCAGUAUCAAAAGGAGCAAGAGAUGCUAAGCAACAGAGCUCUGUUAGGAGAUGAGAAAGCCAAACUAGGCCUGAGUUUCCUGUAUGAUGCCCCGCCUGGGAUGAAGAAGAAGGAGCAGGAAGACGAUGGAGAACAGGAGAUUAAGUUUGAGUGGCAGAGGAAGUACAACGCUCCUCGCGAGGCAUAUGCCAAGAAUGAUGAAACAAUUCGAGAUCAGCCAUUUGGUAUCGAGGUGCGUAAUGUCCGAUGUAUCAAGUGCCGACAGUGGGGCCACGUCAACACUGACAAGAUUUGUCCUCUCUUUGGGAGGAACCUUACUGCAGAGCCGCCACAACCUGAGAACACAACUUCAUCAUUGCUGGAGAGCCUGAAGGAAGAUGGCUUCCAGAUGAAGAAGAGCAUCAUGGGAAGGUUGAUGGAGGGAGAAGAUGAAAAGAAGGUUGUUGACACCGAUGAAGACGAUCCAGAGGUUCAGUUUCUGAAAUCCCUCACCCCCAAACAGAAGAAAAAACUCUUAAAGAAACUGAACAAGCUUCAAAGCAGGGGGUCAGCAGUCAAGUCCAAGAAGAGCAAGAAAGAAAAGAAAAAGAAGAAAAAAUCAAAACAUGCCAGUUCUGAUUAUGAAUCUUCAGAUUCUGAAAAGAGGGGAAGAAAGAAGAAGUUGAGGACCAGUAAAAGAAAAAAUGCAGACUCGGACUCCGAGAGUAGCAGCAGCGAUGACAGUGAUGAUCCAAGGGGAGCUUACUCUGUUAGAAGUAGAGAUGUUCGACCAAAAGAAACACGACCCAGUAAACGAGGAUCUCCAUCUUCAUAUCGAGGACACUCUAUUGGUGAGCGUAGUCGGAGCCCUAUACAUAGGUCACAUGACCGAGAGGCACUUCAACGUAGAUCCGAACCGACAAGGUCACGAAGAGACUCAUCCUCGGAGGAAGAUCAUAAACAGGAUCACAGGAUCAGACAUCACAAACAUCAGUCUGAUCAUCAGAGAAAGGGGGAGAAGUCAAAAGACAAUAAACAAGGGAGAUAUCAGCCCUCAAGCUCAGAUUCCGAGGAUGACCGAUCGCAUGAGAGGAGUAAAAAAAUAAAGCGUGAAUACAAACAGCGAUUUAAUUCUGAUUCUGAAAAUGAGAAAUAUGCAUCAAGAAAUGGCAACUCUAGUCGCAGAGGUUCGAAAAAGCAGCGGUCAAGCUCGUCUGAUUCUGAGGAUGAGCGGCAGGUUUCGAAAAGGAGGGAUGUUGAUGGCGACAGGUACAGAGACAGAGAGUCGGGCAAAGUGAGACGAGAUGUAGAUGAAGAUCGCUAUGACAGAGAUCGGUCAAGGAAGGAGAGAAGAUAUGAGAGAGAUGACAGGAGAGACAGAAAAGAGGAGAGAAAUGAGGGGAGGGACAGAAAGAGAAGCAGAGAUAGACACUGCCAGGUUUAAGAGAUGAU